CCACUGUGACAUUCUUUGUGGGAGAUGGUGGCAGCUGAUGUGAUGGGCACUGGUCGGUACUGGAAGGCCUGGUUGCAACCUUAGGUCUUUCAUGCUGUCCGUGAGCUGUCCUAGCUGAGGCCUGCGGCCGCACCACUUCUCACCGCUGGGUGGCGCGUCCCGCCCGGGCACGAACUCACCCCUUGCCCUGUCUACCCCAAAGCUUCUUUCACUUUCGGUCUUUGGCUGUCACCAAUUUGGUCUUUCCACACCCAGCUGGGGCAAGCCUGACCCUGCCACAGGCAUGAGGGGUCCCCGGCCGAGAUGACAGUGCUGGUACCAGCCUGGAGUCCAAAUUCCUCCCUGCUGCUGCUGCUGUUGCUGCUGAGUCCUUGUCUGCGGGGGACACCUGACUGCUACUUCAGCCACAGUCCUAUCUCCUCCAACUUCCACUUGAGGAUCAGGGAGCUGACUGACUACUUGCUUAAAGAUUACCCAGUCACUGUGGCCAUCAACCUUCAGGACGAGAAACACUGCAAGGCCUUGUGGAGCCUCUUCCUGGCCCAGCGCUGGAUGGAGCAACUGAAGACUGUGGCAGGGUCUGAAAUGCAAACACUUCUGGAGGCUGUCAACACGGAGAUACAUUUUGUCACCUCAUGUGCCUUCCGGGACACCUGCACGCAGCUGUUAGCUCUGAAGCCCUGCAUGGGGAAGGCCUGCCAGAAUUUUUCUCGGUGCCUAGAGGUGCAGUGCCAGCCAGGUAGCAGCAGCGCCGAAGCCCAGCACCCCCAGUGCCACCAGGCUUGCUUACUGUGUGUCCUUGAGGCUUCUGCUUCCACUAGCUGGAUCUUGAAACAAGAGUCCUCUACCCUGCUACCCCCAAAGAAUCCUGUAGCCCUAGAAGCCACUGGGCAUCCAGAGCCUCCGUCCAGUCAUCUGUUUUUCCUGCUGCUGCUGCUGCUGCCUCUCACACUCGUUCUGCUGCCAACUGCCUGGUACCUUCACUGUCAGAGGGCAAAAUGGAGGAGGACAGUGCACCACCCUGGGAGGAGGAUACUGAGGCAAAGCAGGACUCACCUGACAGACGCCGCACAGCCUGGACACAAGGAAAGCUGGGUGGAGGUUGGCCCCCUCUUGGACUGCGCGGCUACUCCAGCUCUCUCCCCAGGAUGGAGUCAACAUCAGAAUCCAGCAAAAGCCCCACUCACCCCACUCAGUACAAAGGCCUUGCCCCCAUUAACUUGUAUAUAAAUGGUUUUUACAAGCUC